UUACAUUAAUCUAUGACGCAUUUGAUGCUGACAACCUAAAGGUGUUGAUCGUUCUCUGGAUAUAGCUAGUGUAGCCUGGACAAAUGGACAACACGUGCAAAGAAAGCGAAUUCCUCUCACUUUCAUUCUGCCAAGCUGUGAGGGACCACAAACCUGUGUGGAUGUUGGAAGAAAUGCGAAACCUGAAGACUUUUCAUUGGGAAGAAAACGUCCGGCAACAGACCUACAACCCAUCCGAGGCGCUUCUGUAUGCCAUCGUGCACGACCACCGAGAUUACGCACAAUACUUGCUGAAUCAGUUUCAGGACGUUGCUCUUGCAAAUCCAGGAGAGCAAUUCUGCUGUUAUCUAACAUCAGAUUCACACCUGGAAAUGGCUAUCCGCCAUGGCAGGAAUGACGUCAUAGCGUUCAUCCUUCAGGUGGUUCAUAGAACACCUUCUCUGCGCUUAUACAUAAACCAGCGUGUGUGCAAACACGGGAGGGAUGGCAAAACUCCACUCCAUGUGGCAUGUGAGCUUUUACAACCACAUACCGUCAUAAUAUUAUUGGGAAAUGGGGCUUCACCGCAAGCUGAGGAUCAGAAUGGAAUGACACCACUGGAUCUUUUAUUGAAUAAACUUUGGACCGCCAAAGGGAAUCCAAACUCCAUUAAGUGUAUUAGGGCUUUAAGAAUGUGCAUCGAGAACCUGCUCUUUUUCAUGCCUAAGUUGCAGUUUAAAAUGAAGAGCAGACUUGAAAAGGAUCAACUGUUCUGGUCCAAAAUUCUGGGAGAGGAGCAGUAUAACCUUCUAGUGGGGAGAAUUCCUGCAACACUUUUUCUUACAGCUAUGCAGAAAGUCUUGUCUCAACUGCCUCAACAUGAAUUUUCAGAAAGUCUUGAUAAACUGCCCAUUCCAGCUUUUCUGAAACCUCACACACACCAUUAACACAGUAAAAAGAGGCCUAUGUUCUUACCAUGCUUUUUGUUGUCCCAUUUUAAUUUAAUUACAUUCAGUUUUAUUUGUGUGUCAUAAAUUGAAUGCUCAAAAGUGUAGCUCCCCCCAGUAAUUUCAUGAGCACAAGGAUUUUCUGAUGACAGGCUAUUUAUUGACUGCUUCCAACUUAGGAUGCCGUGAGAACUAAUUACACAAAAAAAAUAAAGAAUCUAUAAAGACAUAAAUAAAUUAAACAAAUAAACAUUGUCUCUGUAACCCUUUUAAACAGAGUUAAAUUAAAUUUAAACAGCCUAACUAUAGGCUUUGCAGAGAUAUUGCUCUUUUCCACAUAGCAACACAAUCCACAUUAAUCACAUACAAAUAAAUGAAAAACUUACUUUAUUGGCUGCUUAUUACCAAAGGAGAACUUAAUCUUGCAUCUGCUGUCCUUUUUAACUCCAGAUGAAUAAAUUAUAAACAUUUAAAUAUGAAAACGCUUCAUCUUUCCAUGUGGUGCAGACAUCUUUCCACUU